AUGAGUGGGGAAUCUAAACAAGAUUUGGUGGUAGAUCCGAAUAUCUCUGAAAAGAAAAAGAGGAAGAAGAAGGCUGCCAGAGUUCAAGUCGAUCCGUCAGUUCUCGAUGAAGAUGAUAAACCCCAACAGACCGGGAAUAUCUUUAAUAUCUGGUACUACAACUGGGGGUCAAAAGAAAAUUAUCAAAAGAAGUCUCCUUUUAGGGUCAAUGUAAAGCAAGAUCUGGGGUAUACUAAAGCAGACAAGAUUCCAAAUUCGUUUGUUUGUCUUUUCUUUGCCCGCGGAUGCUGCCAUAAAGGCAAACAUUGUGAUUAUCUCCAUCGAAUCCCUAAUCAAACAAAAGAUGCGUUUCCCGCUACCACUGAUUGUUUUGGACGUGAUAAAUUCAGCAAUUAUCGUGACGAUAUGGGGGGUGUUGGUAAUUUUUUGCGUCCCAAUCGUACGAUAUACGUUGGGAAAUUGCCAUUGGAUGCAAUUCCCAGAGACUCUAGCAUUGAACAAGUUAUUAGCGAGCAGUUUGGGGAAUUCGGGAGGAUCGAGAGAUUCAGGGUGAUUCAUGAAAAGAAUUGUGCGUUUGUGACGUUUGAAAAUGAGUGGAACGCGCAGUUUGCCAAAGAGGCGAUGGCCCAUCAAAGUUUAGUCAAAGAUGAAGUAUUGAAUCUCAGGUGGGCUAACGAGGAUCCAAAUCCUCAAGCUAAGGCAAGAAAUCAAAGACAGUUACAGGAACAAGCUAUGAAUACCAUCAAAAAUCUUCUCAAUCAAAACGAACAGCGCCCACAAACGAUGCCAAAGCGGAAGACCAUCUCAGAAAAUAGAAAUACCCCCAAAAAAUUAAACGAUGGAGAAUCCAUAAAUUCAAAACAAAUUUCAAAGAAAAGACAAAAUACUUUUGGUGAUGAUGCUGCUAAGCCUGAAGAAAAAAAAUUGAAAUCGACAAAACAUGUCGAAAGUUCUGGGUUUUUGAUAGGGUACGGUAGUGAUAGUGAUAGUGACGAUGAUGAUGAUUGA